AUGUCUUAUGAUCGAUAUUUAGCGAUAUGCAAACCGUUGCAUUAUGCAGGCCAUAUGAGUGGAAGGUUCUGCUUCUACCUAAUGGCAGGGUCUUGGAUUAAUGGCUUUGUAGCAAUUGCUAUAAUCGUAUCCUUAAUGUCACAAUUAAAAUUCUGCGGCCCCAGUGAAAUUGACCAUUUUUUGUGUGACUUCACCCCGGUGAUGAAACUCUCCUGUAGUGACAGCCACUUGAUGGAACUUGUGAUGUUCAUAUUCUCAUCCUUAUUUACUCUGCCCCCAUUUGUAUUUACCCUGGCAUCCUAUACUUGUAUCAUCAUCACCAUUCUGAGAAUCCCUUCCAGCACUGGGAGACAAAAAGCUUUUUCCACCUGCUCCUCUCACCUCAUGGUGGUUACAAUUUUCUAUGGGACCCUGAUCAUUGUGUACCUGUUACCAAGAACCAAUACCAUAAGAGCCCUGAACAAAUUGUUCUCUGUCUUCUACACUGUCCUAACUCCUAUGGCCAAUCCCUUCAUAUAUAGCCUGAGAAGCAAAGAGGUCAAGGGGUCCCUGAGAAGAGCUAUCAGGAGAAUGCUUGUAUGA